GGUUAACUUCCUCCUCCAGUUCUGGCUUUUUGCCUUCGCAGCGAAUCGAGUUGUGAAGUCCAGACGGUGCUAAUGUGUGAAGAGUGGCACCGGAGAAAAUGUCUCCUCGUUUACUAUCUUCCUUAAAUCCCAACACCGAGUGAAUUUGUCACUUUUUUUAUUGAAUUUUUAUCCCACCGAGGCUCCGCCGACGACAAUGUUGGCGUCAUGUAGGCUGUGCUCCUCAGACUUUGGAAAACAAAUCGGGUAUUGUCGGUGAAUUCUCGGAAGAUGGCAGAAUAGUUCGACCCUUGUCAGUCCCCGAGCCUUCGUUAGAGCACUUUGACAAGAAGUUUCUCCUCUCUGGAAGACCAGGAAACUCUCGACCAUAAAGACUCCAUUGGCAGCAGGAUGUAGUGACCCAGGUCCACAAUGACAGCUGGCAACAUGUUUCUCUUGGUUUUGAUAGUCCUGGUCGUUCCCUGCUCUAGCUUAGAGGGUGAGAGCAGUGUAAGGAACUUUGUAUGUGUGUGUGAUGGAUCAUCAUGCGAUAGUGUGGACCGGUGUUUUGGCCGACAGUGCUUCACCUCUCUUUCAAUCCUGAAUGGGGCAUCAGUCCUCCAGAAGGGCUGCAUUGUGGUUAAUGAAGGGCCUCUGAUCUGUGGAAUCCCACCAUCGCCUGAGAUGGUAGUACAAUGCUGCUCUGGGGAUUUGUGUAACAUGAACGUCUCCUUGGAAUCACAUGGGAAAGAUACAGAACUGUCUGCUGGCAGACCAGUCCUCAGAGACCAGGAGUGUGUGUGUGAGGGCGGCGUGUGUGAGCGUGACCAUCGCUGCACAGGGCAGCAGUGUUUCUCCUCUCUGAAGAUGAUUGAUGGGAUGGCCGUCCAACAGAAGGGCUGCCUGAGGGACAAUGAGGAGGGCAGAACCACCUGUGCCGUACCACCUUCAUCGGCCCAUGUUAUAAAGUGCUGCCAGGGCCAUCUGUGUAACAUGAACGUCACUGUGCAAGCUCCUGGGAAAGAGGAGGAAGUGAAGGCCCUGAUUAAACAGGAGCAUGAGUGCGUGUGUGAAGGCACCUCAUGUGAAACUGGCAAUCGCUGCAUGGGCCACCAGUGCUUCUCCUCCCUGACGGUCAAUGGGGGCUCCUUGGUGUACCAGAAGGGCUGUUUUAAAGUCUAUGAGCAGAGCACGUUGACAUGUAAGACCCCACCUUCCAGGGACCAGAUUGUGGAGUGCUGCCAGGGGCCCCUGUGUAACAUGAACAGCACUGUGGAGUUGCCUGUCAAAGCUGAUGAGCUGCCAAACUACAGUGUGACCACCCUGACUGUUGUCAUUGUGGCGCCCAUCAUCGUCCUCAUCAUCCUCUCUGCUAUCGCGAUCCUGGUGUUCAGACGCAUUCACCACAACCAAAUGGAGAGAUUAACAUCCCGAGAUGCUGAAUAUGGAACUAUUGAUGGCCUCAUAGCAUCAAAUGUGGGGGAGAGCACUCUGGCGGAUUUACUGGAUCAUUCGUGCACUUCUGGUAGUGGCUCAGGACUUCCAUUCCUUGUUCAGAGAACUGUUGCUCGACAAAUUACACUCAAUGAGUGUGUGGGUAAGGGCCGUUAUGGUGAAGUGUGGCGUGGUCAGUGGCAGGGGGAAAGUGUUGCUGUCAAAAUCUUCUCCUCCAGAGAUGAGAAGUCCUGGUUCAGAGAGACUGAGAUCUACAACACAGUGCUGUUGAGACACGAGAACAUCCUUGGCUUCAUAGCUUCGGACAUGACUUCGAGGAACUCCAGCACUCAGCUGUGGCUCAUCACUCACUUCCAUGAGAUGGGCUCUUUGUACGACUACCUUCAACUCAGCACCCUUGACGCAUCCAACUGCCUCCGCAUGGCGCUCUCCAUCGCAAGUGGCCUGGCACAUCUCCAUGUGGAGAUCUUCGGCACUCAGGGCAAACCGGCCAUCGCCCACCGAGACCUUAAGAGCAAAAAUAUAUUGGUUAAAAAGAAUGGACAGUGCUGCAUUGCCGACCUUGGUCUGGCAGUGAUGCAUUUUCAAGACACCAACGAGCUGGAUGUGGGGAACAACCCUAAAGUUGGCACAAAGCGCUACAUGGCCCCCGAGGUCCUCGAUGACUCUAUCCAGAUGGACUGUUUUGAGUCCUACAAGAGAGUGGACAUCUGGGCCCUGGGCCUCGUCCUGUGGGAGAUUGCCAGGAGAACAGUCAGCAAUGGUAUUGUGGAGGACUACAAGCCGCCUUUUCACGACGUGGUCCCAAGUGAUCCCAGUUUUGAGGACAUGAAGAAAGUUGUGUGUGUGGAUCAGCAGAGGCCCAACAUCCCAAAUAGAUGGUUUUCAGACCCCACUUUAUCCUCCAUGGCCAAACUCAUGAAGGAGUGCUGGUACCAGAAUCCGUCAGCCAGAUUGACAGCGUUGCGCAUCAAAAAGACUCUCACAAAGAUCGACAACUCUCUGGACAAAAUCAAAACAGACAUUUGAGCCUGCCUUGAGA